AUGAAGUGCCACUACGAGGUGCUGGGCGUGAAGCGCGACGCGGCCGAGGAAGAGCUGAAGCGAGCCUACCGGAGGCUGGCGCUGCGUUGGCACCCAGAUAAGAACCUAGAAAAGGCUGAGGAGGCUGCAGAGCAGUUCAAGUUGAUCCAAGCGGCGUAUGAUGUGCUAAGUGACCCUCAAGAGAGAGCCUGGUACGACAAUCACAGAGAAGCUCUGUUAAAAGGCGGGGUUGACGGAGAGUAUCAGGACGACAGUGUAGAUAUCCUCCGCUUCUUCACUGUGACCUGUUACUCUGGCUAUGGAGAUGAUGAAAAGGGUUUCUAUGCAGUGUAUCGUCACGUCUUUGAAAUGAUUGCAAAAGAAGAAAUGGAAUCCAUGCCUGAGGAAGAUGCUGAAGAAUUUCCAAGUUUUGGAGACUCUCAGAGUGACUAUGACACGGUAGUCCACUGCUUUUACGCUCACUGGCAAAGUUUUUGCACUCGGAAGAACUUUGCCUGGAAGGAAGAGUAUGACACGCGGCAGGCGUCGAACCGCUGGGAGAAGCGGGCGAUGGAGAAAGAGAACAAGAAAACCCGUGACAAAGCCCGGAAGGAAAGGAACGAGAUGGUCCGCGAACUGGUUGCCUUCAUCCGAAAGCGGGACAGGCGAAUCCAGGCCCACCGGAAGCUUCUGGAAGAGCAGAACGCAGAGAAGGCCAAGAAGGUGGAAGAGCUCCGCAGGCAGCAGAAACUAAAGCAAGCCAAGCUGGCUGAGCAGUAUAAAGAGCAGAGCUGGAUUACCAUGUCAGAUCUCGAGCGAGAGCUGCAGCAGAUGGAAGCCCAAUAUGAAAAGGAGUUUGGCGACGGAUCAGACAGUGAGGAGGAAGGAGGAUCCCAAGAGCUGAAAGAAGGACAAGAAGACAAACUAAAUGAUGAGGCGGAUGAUGCUGAAUAUUAUGAUGAUCUGUACUGUGCUGCUUGUGACAAAUUCUUUAAGACUGAAAAAGCCAUGAAGAACCACGAAAAAUCCAAAAAGCAUCGGGAGAUGGUCGCCUUAUUGCGGCAGCAGCUGGAGGAUGAAGAGGAAAGAUUUUCUCUCGCUGCAGCUGACGAGAAUGGAUUAGAAGCUAAAGAAGAGGAGGAGGAGGAAGAAAUACCCAAGCAAAAGCUCUCAAAGAAGCAGAGAAAGAAACAAAAACCUAUGACGGCACAGGAAUUCCCUGUCGAUGGCCAAAGCAUGGGCGAUCAAGCUGCUGAAGCGAGUGAGGCCAUUUGUGCUAACCAGGGUAAUACAGCUGAAGAAUUGGAGAAUGCCAGCAAAAGCCACAACACAGAAGCAAACACUGGGGGAAAUGGAGCUCCCACUAAUGAACCAAAAACAGAGGCGAAAAUCAAUCCAAAAGCUAAAGGGAAGAAAGUAAAAGAUACAAAGAAAACACCUGCACGAAGUUCUUCAGAACAUCAAACCGUGAAUGAAGCUCCUCUCCGGUGCGUCACCUGCCAUUGUGAAUUCCAGUCGCGGAAUAAGCUGUUUGACCAUUUGAAAGCAACGGGCCACGCCAAGGCGGUCCAGGCGCCAACCGCGAACGGAGCCAUGGGCAGCCGAAGCAAAAAAGAAAAGCGUAAAAACAGAUAGGGCUCCCUGAAGGAGAUGGCAGGAAAACUGGCGGGCAG